AUGCCACUGAAGUUGAGAGCAAAAAUCUCACUCCAAGUUUCCCAGGUCGAUGGCCACUUCAUGAUAAUUGAGAUUGAAGAUACUGAAGAAAUAACUCAAUGGCGUCUUAUGGAAAAGAAAAAGAGAAUGAAAGAUUUGAAAAGAAAAGAAAUCGCAGCCAUACGGAUCCAGGCGUGGUGGCGCGGCACCCUGGUGCGCCGCACGCUGCUGCACAUGGCCCUCAGGGCCUGGAUCAUCCAGUGCUGGUGGCGGCUGACGCUGCUCAAGCUGCUGGAGAGGAAGCGGCGAGAGGCCCUGCUGGUCUACGCUCAGCGAGAGAGGGCGGUGAUCAAGCUGCAGUCCCUGGUCCGCAUGUGGCGCGUCCACUGGCGAUACCGCCAGGUGCUCAAUGCCAUCUACGUCAUCCAGUGCCACUGGCAGUGCCACAACUGCCAGACGUGCGCUCUUCUCCGGGGCCACUGUGUGGUCACCGCCACCCACCUGCAGUUCCACAUUGAGAUCAUCAACUCCUAA